AUGACUCACCCGAAGUCAUCCAAAAAGUCUCCCAAGAAGCCUUCUAAGCGCCCGGAUGGAACGUUCUCCGACUAUUAUACGAGGGAAGACCUUCUCCCGUACAGGGCUUAUCGCAUUCUCUACGGCGAGCGGAAGUUUGCCGAGUUCAGCGAACCACAGACCAUAGGCUUCAUGGACCUACCCACAGAGCUCCGACUAAUGAUUUACGAGUCGCUACUGGAACAGGAAUCCAUCGAGCUCUGGAAUGCACCUUCUCGCAUCUACCGGCGCAUCAACGCCGAAGCCACACCCAUAUUCUACGGCAAUAACAACUUCCGCUUCACCAACGUCAAUGCAUGGUCCAUUCUAGACGCUUUUCUCACGACCAUCAAGCCCAAAAACGCCCAGUGGAUCAGGCACUUAACGAUCCAUGUCCCAUUCGAGGACAACUGGCCACCAGAAAUAUUAUGGCGUCACCUACGGACAGUUCCUUCUGCGAACCAGUGGAACCGCCUUCUUACAACUGUCUCGGAUAGAGGUAUGACCGUUACUGAUUGGAAGAACAGUUGGUGGAACGGCGCAAAAUUGUUCAAGGUCUUCGAAUCCGCAUGCGAGGGACUCCGGCUCAUCAAGGGACUCAAGCGUCUGGAACUAAUUCUUCCUUGGGACUUCUUCACGGCCGGCGCUUACAACUGGAGAGACAACUACCUUGUCUGCGAUGAUACUUGCACCAUUGAGCACGGAGACGAGAGCGCCCCAAGACAUGCUCGCGAAUACCACCGAGACCGCCCUUACUGGAAAGCGCUGGAUGAACUUAAGAUCGCGAUUCCUGGAUUGGAGAUUUCUCUUAUCCUUCACCAUGGGAUCCCCAAAGAAUGCGAUGACCUACCUCCCUAUGCCUCACUCAAGUUAUCUGCGCUACUUACGCAGCAAUGGCUCCUCUACAAGGCCGCCUCCAAGGGAUAUUGCAUUGGGAACUUCUUCGAAUGGAAGAUGCCAACGGCGGAUUCUCAUUACGCCAUCCCACAGGGUGAGAUGUAA